AUGGCGCGGCAGGGGCUUCAGACGCUUCGUGACGCCUCUCGAAGACACGUACUGUUUCGGUCCGUCUUUCUGGCUGUCUUUUCUUCUGCCCUGCACGUUUGUUCCGAGCGCGUGUGGCCGGAGGGCAGUUCGCCUCCGGCAAGCUACUUGCUUAUCGUUGAACCCGAGGGAAUCGAGACUCCCCGGACACAAGAAGUUUCGUUGCUGGCUGGUCAGAGUUUCGCUCUUGUAGAUAAGACAGCGAAUGGGUUAGAGUUUACUCCGGCCGCUUGGGACACAACCGCCAUCGCGUAUGAGAAGUCUGAAUGCCGGUUUGACCAAACGGUUUCCAUCGGUUCGCUCUUUCCUGCGGCUACCUCCAAACUCUGGAGUCAGGUGUCUCCUCAAUCCGCAGAGAUGGCAGCGGGGAUUAAAAAGAUCUACAAAUUCGUCACGCCUCCGACAGAGGAACUUCCCCGAAAGGCCGUCAAUUUCUGCCUCGUAGCCUACAGCAAAGACGCCGCCGCAGCGAGGACUGCCAGCGAAACCAAAGGAGCCACCGCCAGGCCGGGUCUCACAGUCGUUAUUCACGCUUCUGCUUCACGAGCCUCCUUCGGCGUCGCAAUGGCCUCUAUUCUGUCGACUCUUUGGCUUCUCACUUUCUAG